UAUGCUGAUGUUUCUGCUCACCACACUAUCAAGUGCGAGCAUUUUACGACCCCCGACAUUGCCAAUACAAGUGUCAGGUGGCCUCCUCAGAGGAUCCGUGGCUCUGGACAGGUCACAUCUCCGCUACACCGGGAUACCAUACGCAACAGCUGAAAGGUUUCAGGCUCCAAAGCCCGAUCCAAAAUGGAGUGGCACUUUCGAUGCAGUUAAUGAAAAUAAAAGAUGUCCACAGAACUUUACGAAUGCAUUUAUCAUAGGAGACGAGGACUGCCUGUACUUAAACGUUUACACACCUUUGAAAUCUGGGAAUAAACUUUACCCUGUUAUGGUAUUCAUUCACGGAGGUGGCUUCCAAGAUGGCUCCGGCUCGCCACUUAUUUAUGGACCGGAACAUUUAGUGAAACAUGAUGUUAUUUUAGUCACAUUUAACUACAGACUUGGCGUACUGGGAUUCCUUUGCUUGGGAAUAAAGGAAGCUGCUGGUAAUAUGGGUUUGAAGGAUCAAGUGGAAGCGCUUCGAUGGGUAAAGAAUAAUAUCAGAGCUUUUGGAGGAGAUCCUGAUAAUAUAACAUUAUUUGGUGAGAGUUCCGGCGCUGCAUCCGUAGUCUAUCACAUGUUAUCUCCUAUGUCUACAGGGCUUUUCAAUAGAGCUAUUAUGGAGAGUGGCACUGCAAUUUCAUAUUCUUCUGUACAAUUUGAACCGAAAGAAAUCGCAAUCGAAUUGGCGGCACAAAUGGGACACAAUACAAGAGACGUGAAUGAGAUACUAAAUAUAUUUAAAGAAAAAUCAACCAAAGAGUUAUUGCGUGCUAAAGUACCCAGGAAAACUGGUAACAUUGUACAAUCAGAAAGCGUUUUUGUUCCUUGUAUGGAAGAAACUAUAGAAGCAACAGAACCGUUUAUAACUGCAAGCCCUUAUGAGAUCAUCAAUAGCGGUAAAUUCUAUAAAGUCCCUGUUAUAAUGGGCUUCAAUAAUGAGGAAGGUUACUAUCUUGUGGGGAAAGAAACUUCCCGUCAAAGAGACGAGUUCAACUAUUUAAACGCGUUACCGAGAGAUUUAAUAUUCCCGGCCACAUCUGAAAAAGAGGCAACUGCAUCGAGAUUAAAAGAACUAUAUCAAGACGGUUCGCGGAUGACUAUACAAUCUUUAGUGAAAUAUGAAGGUGACGCUGGUAUUAAAUAUCCUGUUAUAGUUACAGCGGAUAUUUUGCUUAAAAAUAUGGAAGAACCAGUAUAUGUUUAUAAAUUUGAAUAUAGUGGUUUAUUGAAUCUAGUAAAAUUUAUUUCUGGUUUCGCUGCUUAUCCUGGAGCCUCUCAUGCCGAUGAAAUGCUUUACUUAUUCAAACCAAAGGCCACAACGGUUCUAUCACUUUUGGAAAUGAAUAUGAUUGGAAAAAUGACACUAAUGUGGACAAAUUUCGCUAAAUACGGAAACCCGACACCACAAGUCACCGCAUUGGUUCCCAUGAAGUGGCAGCCAGCCAGUCUUCCUGACCCGCAACUUCUGGUCAUCGACAGGCAAUUAUCUACAGAAAAACUAUGGAACGAUAAGGACAUUUUAUUCUGGUAUCAAACUUACACAAAUUAUAGAAGAACAGCAUAACCUAUGACUACUUAAUUUUGUGUGCUUAAAAUAAAAUUCGUAGAAAUCAAGACUAAAAUCCAAAAAUUAUAUUUAAACAUAAAUAAAAUUUAAGUUUAUCUGUCAUUUCUA